ACUAUUUGCGGGGACGUCAACGGCUAGUCACAUGUAUUCAUUCAAUAUUUAUUUUUUCGUGUAUGGCGGGAUAUAAAAUAUACGAAGAAAUAGGUCGACCUGAACUUCCUAUGGUUCUAUAAAUACCCAUACAACUUCUCAAUAUGAAUCACUGCACCAAUCAAUACUUUAUAAACAGGUUGUAAUAUUCGCAAGAUUGAUCAAGCGCAAGCAAAAGAGAUGGCCCAAAAGCUGGACGCAAAGGGUGGUAAGCAAGGAAAUGCAUGGGAUGAUGGCGUUCACGAUAAUGUUAGAAAAGUAUAUCUAGGGAAAGGCCCUGAUUGUAUAGCCUUCGUCAAAUUUGAGUAUGUUGAUGGUUCUAAAGUGGUUAUUGGAGAUGAACAUGGAGAAAAAACACAAGAAGUUGAGGAGUUUGUGGUUGAUGUCGACGACUACAUCGUUUACGUAGAAGCUUUCCGUGAGACAGCAACUCAAGAGACCAUUGUGGAUCUCAAGUUCGAGACUUGCAAAGGCAAAACCAAUAAGCACUUCACGACGAGUCCGGGGGUAAAGUUUGUUCUACAAGGUGGCAAAAUCGUUGGGUUUCACGGGCGUUCAACCAAUGUUCUACACGCCCUUGGAGCCUAUGUUUCUGACCCAAUAUCCACUUUUCAGUUGCAUGGAAAGUGGACAAAGGUGGAGCAAAAAGGAAAGGCCCCAGGGCUAAGAUGCUCACAUGCCAUAGCACAAGUAGGAAACAAGAUUUACUCCUUUGGUGGCGAGUUCACACCAAAUGUGCCUAUUGACAAAGACCUUUACGUCUUUGACCUCAAGACCGGGAAAUGGUCCAUUGCUCCAGCCACGGGAGACAUUCCACACCUCUCCUGCUUAGGCGUCAGAAUGGUGUCAGUUGGAACAACCCUCUAUGUCUUUGGUGGCCGAGACGCGGUCCGCAAAUAUAACGCUUUCUACUCUUAUGACACGACCAAAAACGUGUGGAAACUGCUAACUCCUUUGGAAGAAGGACCCACUCCUCGUAGCUUCCACUCUAUGGCAGCCGAUGAUAAAAACGUUUAUGUUUUUGGUGGAGUGAGUUCUACGACGCGGGUCAAGACCCUGGACGUUUACAACAUCGCUGAUAGGAAGUGGAAGCCGUGUGCGACCCCAGGAGAAGAUUUUAGCAUAAGAGGAGGAUCCGGCCUCGAAGUGGUGAACGGGAAGGUUUGGGUGGUUUAUGGAUUCAACAACUAUGAGAUUGAUGAUAUUUAUUGCUACGACCCUGUUGGAGACAAGUGGACACAAGUGGAAACAACCGGUGAGCAGCCUUCAGGGAGGAGUGUGUUCGCUAGUGCAGUUGUUGGGAAACACAUUGUGAUUUUUGGAGGUGAGGUUGAUAUGGACCCAGAAGCUCACGUUGGUCCGGGACAAUUGAUGGAUGGGACUUUUGCGUUGGAUACAGAGACGUUGAAGUGGGAGAGGUUGGAUAAGAUAGGUGAAGAGAAGGAGGUGGAGGGGACAACGAGUGGGUCAUCAGGACUAUCAAUACAUCUUGGGAUCCCGAUCCUAUUAGAUGUAGAUGUUUCGAUCGGAAACCCUUUUGGAGGCCACAAGAAAAAGAAAGAAGAGAAGCAGGAGACUCCGGAGAUCAGGGGAUGGACAGCUUCCACGAGUGCGACAAUUAGUGGUAAGAAAGGGCUCCUGAUGCAUGGUGGCAAAGCCCAGACCAAUGACCGUUUUGAUGAUCUCUUCUUUUACGAGUUUCAAUAAGGGAGGGUCAUGAUACCAUAUGAUAUUUCAUCAGCUUUCCGUUUUCUUCUUAUUUUUUUCUGUAUGUUUGCGUUGUGUGUGAUUCAAUAAGGGGAGGUCGUGACAUGUAUGAUCCUUCAUUUGCUUUCCGUUUACUUUUUAUGUAUGUUUGUUAUGUUUCCUUUUUAAUGAAUAAAUUACUUGUUUUCUGGA